AGACAAUUGUUCAUCGUCAGUUCUUUGGAGCGUUUGACCCCAGGUCGGGGUAACACGGGCGACACCUGUGAUCUCGCGAGGGCCGGGGUACAGACCAAGGGACGGAUCAAAAGGCUGCAUGAGCACAAAGACUGCAAACUGUGAAUCCGCGCAUAAAAAAUGCAACACAACACAACACUUGGUGACGACUCGAUGAAACUUUGGCGGAAAAUGUAAAAUCGUUUCUAAGGGUAAACUAAAAAAGAGGGAACUAAAUAAGAAACAUGAAGAGCGCGGUGACUUUUGGAGUAUUUUGUUGGCUCGUCUACUUCACUUUUAUCAUAUCCAGUGAAGCAAGAGUUGUAGUUCGACCAAAAGAGGAUACCACAGAGCAAGUAGAGAGCCGGUUUUAUAUUGAAAGGAUUGGGCUCCAGUCAAGAGGCCACCACAAAAGACCGAGCUUAUCCAGGGCAGACGACUUCUACGAGGGCGUGUACCCAGACGCCAAUGCUUACAGGCGAAAUGGCUAUAACAGGCUGAAAGAACAGAAAAAAGAUGACGAGGAAACUACAAGUAAAUCCUGUCCGACUAAAGCUGACCUCGGCUUUCUCAUAGACGCAUCUGGAAGCGUAGAAAUGUACGGCACGGGGACAUUCAAAAAAUGCAUUAAUUUUGUGAAGCGAGUAUUACGGGCUUUUGACGUGUCAGAAAAAGGGACCCACGUGGGAGCUAUUAUUUAUUCUACUGACACUAAACUCGCUUUUGACUUCAACACUUACAAGGAACGCGGCGAUAUAGAAGCCGCGUUCGACAGGGUCAAAUUCCUAGGAGAGACAACCUUUACCGGUAAAGGACUCAAAAUGGCGCUAUCAGAGCUGUAUAAGACUGCGAGGAAAGACGUGUCGAAUUUACUGGUGGUUAUUACCGACGGACGGUCACAUGACGACGUCGUAAAACCCUCGGAGAUGUUACGGAACGCGGGCGUUAGGAUUGUGACAGUAGGACUUGGGAAUUCCUUUGAUAUAAAUCAGUUAAAAGCAAUGGCGGGGAAGCCGUAUAAUAAGAAUGUGAUUACGGUUGACUUUCCACAACUUGACUACGCUGCUGGAACCUUACAAGACGCACUCUGUAAAGCGGCAAAUGACAAUCCAGUCCCAGCUCUGACCAAGAGUCACUUCCCGCGAGUGGAGAGAGGGGCACUGAGAAGCGAUAACUAUCAGCCAAUAUCCCUAUUCUCCGAUACACCGGUAGAAAGACGAGGAGGGAGCUGGUCCUCGUCUUCGUCAAGCCAGUCUGCGGGGGGCGGUUCCAUGUCGGCCGGAGGGGGUGGCUCGAGCGGCGGAGCAGGCGGAUCAUCCUCUGGCGGCGCUGGCGGGGGAGGUUCUGCGGGAGGAGCUAGCUCGUCUGGUGGUGCUGGCGGGGGAAGUGCAGGAGACUCUGGGGGUGGGGCUGCCAGUGCUGGGGCUGCCGCCGGAGGUAAAUGUGAUCUCGCUUUCAUGCUGGAUGCAUCCAGCAGUAUACAAGGCGAGACUAAUUUUCAGCUCUGUAUAACAUUCGUGAAAAGCGUCUUUAUGGCAUUUAGCGGCUCUGGGUUUGGGACCUCUCUUCGCUUCGGGUUUGUCAUAUUCGGGAGUUCAGCGCAGGUCGUGUUCAAGUUUGACCAGUACACACAAGUCUCUCAGCUGGAGUCCGCUUUCGCGAGCGUCAAACUCGUUGGUGGUGGGUGCGCGGCUGGCGCUGCUUUGACUACGGCCAAGUCCUCGCUCUUUGCUAGUGCCCAGUCUGGCGCAGCCAUGGUUCUGGUAGUGAUGAUUGCUGGGAAGUCUACUGACGACGUCGCUGCCGGCGCAGGCGCGCUUAAAGAGAUGGGCGUCAAGACAAUCGCGUUUGGAAUGGGGGAAAGUUUCGAGCAAUCCCAACUAACCACCAUCGCGUUCCAGUCUUCUUACGUGCUGACCGCGACUGCAUUUGGAGGACUUUCUGAGAAGAAGGGCUCCUUGGUCUCAUUGAUAGGUUCUGCCGGAGGCAUAUCUGCAAGUGGAGGUGCCGGAGGCUCUGGCGGAGCAGGUGGUGUUGGCGGAGGCGGAGGCGGAACGGGUUCUUGUGAUCUCGGGUUUAUGCUGGAUACUUCUUCUAGUAUCAGUGGAGAGGCAAACUUCAAACUCGCCCUGGAGUUCAUUGUCACCGUAUUCCAGCAGAUAGGCAUGACUGCGACCAUUCGCUUCGGAUUUAUGAUCUUUGGAAGUUCUUCUCAAGUCGUUUUUGACUUUACUAAGUUCUCAUCGUUUGCUGAGGUGAAGACCGCUGUCCUGGGCGUGUCCAUGGUUGGGGGUACGUGUACAGCUGGUGCCGCCAUCACAAUGUGUCGAACAUCAAUGUUCGCAAGCUCCAGCAGCUCUUCCGCACGUGUUCUUGUGGCGAUGAUGGCGGGAAAGUCCACUGAUUCCGUGACGGCCCCGGCGAGUGCCAUUAAAGAGAUAGGGAUCAAGAUGAUAUGCGUUGGAAUGGGAGGCCAAUACGACAAGGAACAGCUUACCGGGAUGGCGUCAUCAUCUGAACUGAUUCUCUACGCUGCAAGCUGGUCAGAACUCACAGGGUUAUCAAGCCAGUGUGUCACGCUCGUCACUAAAGUUGGAGGCAUCACGGCUGGCGGGACUGCUGAAGGUGGCAAUGCAGGGGGUAACGGUGGCAACGCAGGAGGUAACGGCGGUAUGACUGGGGGUGGUGCAGUUUCAGGAGGCGAAGUUGAGCUUGGUUUUAUGCUGGAUACCUCAACAAGUCUAGGAGGCGAAGCGAACCUCAAAAUCACUCUCGAUUUCAUCAAAGCCGUAUACGGCAGCUUCACAAUAUCCUCAAGCGCUUACCGUGUAGGCGUCGUCAUAUUUGGAUCUUCCGCUAAGGUUGCCUUCGAUUUCUCUAAGUUCUCCUCCUCGGCAGAGAUCGAAAGUGGCCUUUCUGAGAUAAAACUCAUAGGGGGAGCCACAGCAGCCGGUCAGGGGCUAACCACGUGUAACACCGCCCUUUUCAGCAAAGCACGGAGCUCUGCUAAGAAAAUGCUUUUGGUUCUGAUCGCUGGAAAGUCUAGCGAUGAUGUCGGUGUCGCGUCAAGUAUGAAGACGUCAGGGAUUUCCAUUUUUGUCCUCGGCAUGGGAAAGGCUAUUGACAAGACUCAAUUGAAUAUGAUGGCAUCUCAAGAGUCUUACAUACAAAUUGCAGCGGAGUUUUCGCAAGUGGCAUCAUUGUCUAGUCAGUUUGUAGGGUAUAUAAAGCAAGUUUCCGGGUCAGCGGAGGGAGGAGCAACCGGAAAUGGAACAAGCUCGAAUGGAGGAACAACCGGAAGUAGCACGACCUCAAGUGGAGAAAGUGGAACCACAUCAACGGGAGGAAAUACCGGAAGUGGAACUACAUCAAGUGGAGGGAACACCGGAAGUGGAACUACAUCAAGUGGGGGGAACACCGGAAGUGGAACGACCACAGGUGGAGUGAAUACCGGAAGUGGAACGACCACGGGUGGGUUGAACACCGGAAGUGGAACGACCACGGGUGGAGUAAACAGCGGAAGUGGAACAACCACGAGUGGAGUGAACACCGGAAGUGGAACAACCACGGGUGGAGUGAACACCGGAAGUGGAACAACCACGGGUGAAGUGAACACCGGAAGUGGAACAACCACGGGUGGAAUGAACACAGGGAGUGGAACAACCACGGGUGGAGUGAACACAGGAAGUGGAACAACAUCAGAAUCUGGGACAACCACAUCUGGAACGACUGAAAGCCGAACGAAGGAGCUCGCAAAAAAUUUGGCGAAGGAGGAAGGGCAAAAAGAGCUGUUGAACACGUUGGCAGAGAAAGGUGUGCUUAAUAAGCAAGGGGAAGCGGUUGUUAACGAGAAAAACAAGCAAGAAGGCAAAGCUACUGAAGAAAACAAACAGGAAGUUUUGAAGAAAUUAGGUGAGAGCGGCCUUUUGAACGAAAAUGGAAAACAGAUGCUAGUGCAAGAAGAUCAGAAAGCAAUGCUGAAAGAUCUACAACGUCAGGGACUGCUAAGUCCACAAGGAGAGGAGAUGCUGAACAAACAAGGGGUGUCUGGUGUUGUACAAAGCCUCGGUGCAGGAAAGGUAUCUAUGGCUGGUACUGCAACAGUGGGUGGGGUAACUACAUCGACAGGAAUAGGAGGCACCACCUUAGCAGGGACAUCGACGGUUGGCUUGGGCACGAAUCUGAAUGGGCAGACAGGAAUUGGUGUUCUUCCUGGUUCUCUAAAUACUGGAACUGGAACAAGCAUUGGAGUCAACUCAGGCCAGAAUGGCGAGGGGAGUGUUUUGUCGGGGACACCCUCUUCCACAGGUGAUAUCACUAAUCCAGCACUUCAAGAGAAGAUUCUCCAGCAAGCUGGCAUUCCCCAGCCGCAAGCUCUGGCACAAAGUGGUCUCUUUACUCAGACGGGGCAAAUUUUACUGACGCAACUGAGGCAACAAGGAUUACUUAACUCGCAGGGGGAACAACUUGGAAACAUGAUUCAACAGCAAGUCCAGCAGCCAAAUGGUGUUCAGGCCAGACCAAACAUGCCAGGCACGCUACCUGGAAAUUAUCCAGUUCCAUCGUGCACCAUGAAUCAGAUGCCAAACUCCAUCCCUGAUUUUUGCCGUUGUCGCCCGAAUGCAAUUCUCUGCGGUCUAAGAGCUGGUGGUGAAGGUGGAAUGGGAGGCAACGGUGGUGGUAUGGGUGGCGGUAAUGGUGGCGGUAUGGGUGGCGGUAAUGGUGGCGGUAUGGGUGGCGGUAUGGGUGGCGGUAAUGGUGGCGGUAUGAGUGGCGGUAAUGGUGGCAGUAUGGGUGGCGGUAUGGGUGGCGGUAAUGGUGGCAGUAUGGGUGGCGGUAAUGGUGGCGGUAUAGGUGGCGGUAAUGUUGGCGGUAUGGGUGGCGGUAAUGGCGGCAGUAUGGGUGGUGGAGAGGGUGGCGGACAGGUUGGCGGUGGCGGUAUGGGUGGAGGAAUGGGUGGAGGAGGUAGCGUCGGUGGCAAUAUUGGUGGUGGAAUGGGUGGUGGUGGAAGUAUUGGUGGCGGCACCAGUGGUGGUAUGGUCGGUGGAGGACAGGGCGGUGGGACUAACGGAGGGGCUGGGAUGCAUGUAUGCCUGGACCUGGGUUUUCUGAUCGACGGCUCGAUGUCUGUCGGCGGGGAAAUGAACUUCAAGCAGAUCAUAAACUUCGUCUGGAACGUUGUUCAGAGUUUCCAAGUGAGCGCGCACUUCACGCGCGUGGGCCUCGCGAUUUUCUCCCUCGAGGCUUUCGUCAUAUUCAACUUCCACACUUACUACGACAAGAACAACAUCCUCGAUGCCCUUAACAAUGUCCAAUACCCAGGAACAGACGGGCCAGGGACAUAUAUCGGACGCGGUCUUCACGUUGCUAAGGAAUACCUUUUCGAGGCGUCUGGCCGCCCUCGCGUGCCCCACGCGUUGAUCGUGGUGGCAGCUGGAAGAUCACUUGAUGACGUCAUCACACCGUCGCUCUCGCUUAGGCGUAUGGGUGUUGAUAUCUACACGGUUGGAGUGGGAAAGUUCUAUACGAAGCUGCAGAUGCACGCAAUGGCGAGUUUUCCACACUCGGAGCACGUGUUUGGGGCGUGGUACCCACAGCUUGGCUUUUAUGCCCAGAAUGUCGUUACAAAGAUAUUAAAAGGAAUCUCCGUUCAUUUCUGUCAUCCAUGUUUUGAAGGGCACCACGACUUGUGUGACUAUUGCCCUGAGGAGUUUCACUCAGAGGCUUUUAGACGGCAUCACGGGAUAUCAGGCAACAGUACAAAAACACCACCCCCUCAAGGACAAAUCGACAACGACGCUCCAAUUUCCCUAGCAAGUGACUCGACCCAAAAAGAUUACACCAAAGAUGAGUUCAACGACGAAUAUAAGGGACCAGAUGUAUUUGAUUUAGAACCAAAACUACAGCCUUUUUCCAACAUGGAAAGGAACAGUACAUUAGACGAUGAUAGUUUCCAUGACGACGCCCUAAGCUCAAACGAUGACGUUGUCGGUUACCAUGACAAUAUUGACGAUGAUCCUUCUGAUAGUCACCGAAGGCAUCAUAAGAAGGCUAAGAGUAAGAAGCUAGAAUCAGAGUUCAACUGGAAGUCUCUGGAAAAAGAGCUUGAUUUUGGUAAUAACCCAUUGAAUGGCGAGAGCCAGGCAUUUACUGAUAAAGAUUUUAAGGACGAGGCAGACAAGUACUCGGAGUACAAGUAUGACACAAGCCGUGCGUCAGUGGACAGUGAAGAUUGUAAGGAUUACUCGGACGAAUGCGGGCAGUACGCUUCGCAAGGUUUCUGCAGCGAGUACGCACCCAACACUGGCAUCGGGACGAUAAGCAUGAUGUGUAGGCGGUCCUGCGGCUCCUGCGAUGGAGAAGCCCAGAGAAGAUCAAAGGCUUACCCUAACACGCAUGCUAAGACUAAACACUUGAAGAAUGAGUCCGCGAUGCAUGCUAAAGCUGGAAAAAGAAAAGGUAGACGACGUUCCCAUAAAUCGAAGCACACGUCGCUAUCACGCAGCACAUAGAGCCAUAUUUGCAGCUUAGUUUUUAGUGUUUUAGUGUAGUUUAUAGUCUGUAUUGUAUCGGGCAGAUCCUAUGAGAAAGUCUCAAAACUUCGUAUUAUUCCCAUCAUGUAAUACAGCGUGCGAUGGGCAGUAUUUAGUUCACAACUUUAAUAACUACCCAAGAGAAAGGUAGCCUCCAAGAAAGUAAUUUUUCCUAGGGAACAUUUAAAGUAAUUCUAGUAGCUUUCAUCAAAUGAUUGUCUAAUAAAUUCGAAAGAAAAUCAAA